AUGGCGGUGCCGAGCCGAGGAAGAACGUCAGAGAUUCUGUCAUCACUUCCCUUACACAUCCUGCUUUAUGUAAAUAUGGUUUAUUACAUCUUCUACUUCUUGGCAACUCUUGCAAUGAUUAUUUACAAAAGUCAGGUUUUCAGUUAUCCAGAUGAAUUUUUGGCUCCUGAUCUUGCUGUGCUUUUCCUUAUGGCCAUUCUGGAAGUGCCUCGAUUGUACUUGGGUUUCAAGGGUAACCUGACUGAAGCAGAGGCGCCGCUGGGGCUGAGCCUGGGGCUCACGGUGGGCAGCGUGCUGCUGUGUGUGUACCUGCUGCUGUGGCAGAGCUAUGUGCUGUGGGCAGAUGUGCUCCUCAACGCAGUGCUGCUCGCAGCCUACGGGCUCGAGUCGGGGCUCAAGGUCACGGCCAUCGCUGCCUUUGUCAGCUGAGCCCGGCCCUUCCCACACACCUGCCACACAUUCCUUCUCUGAAAGAGUGGGGCUUCAUUUGCACUGCUGAAUUCCUUGUAUAGAAA